CUCAUUUGCUUAUUUUCAGAUUCAUAACUGUCGAGAACAACACAAUCUGCUCUUCACCGGCAGCAGACUGGGUCCAGGAUUACAUACAGAACCUGAACAGAAGAAAAACAGCCACAGACACACUUCAGCCGGAUGUGUUAUCUGAGGAGGAGAAACAGACAUCAGUGUCUUCAUCAUCAGAAAUAAAUGAUCCAUAUACAAUCAACAAUCAAUACUUUUGUUUAAAGAAGGAACCAGUUCAAUACUUUUGUAUCAAACAGCCUUAAAACAUCUUCUGUUUGAACAGCUUUUUAAGGCCUGUAUAUUGAUAACACCAGAUGACUGACUGUGAGUCUAAUAAAUGAAUGAAGUGAAAAAUCAGCUCAUUUAUUUAUUUAUUUAUUUUUAAAAGAGGACAAUGCACAUUAACUAACACAAGAAAACAUUCCAAAAGAAGUGGACACACCAAGACUAAACUUUUGCUGAGAUCUUUAUCCAGCAGACAGGAUGUGACAUGAUCUGGAUUUGUUGCUUUUCUCCGUGUAUAUCCUCCUCUUCCUGAGGACACGGACAUUAUUAUUGUGGUGUACAGUAGCCGACAGUAUUAUGGAUGGAGCUCGAAUCCUGAACUUUUUUGUUGAUUUAGUACCUCUGUCUUUACAGAAAGAAAACUAGUGGAGUCUGGAGGAGGAAUAUCAUCAAAUGUUGUUGAAGCGACAAGAAAUUCUCAACAAGAAAGAGUCACAGUGUACCAGUCGACUGAUACUUGAUGGUUGGCAAAGAGAAAGCGGAAGUUCUUUUUUCUUAGCUGUGCAUGCAGCACAUCUGAACCUCACUCAGCCUUAAUCCCAGUCAAGACUUCCUCCAUCAGAUGUGUGAAACAACAAGAUGAAGUUCACUCUGUUUACUGCCACUCUUCUGGUCUGGAUGUGUGUUGGAGAAUCAGGUGAUAGAUAUCCAUUAUGCUGUCUUAAAGUGACAAACACCAGAAUACCAGUUGAAAACAUUGUGAAUUAUGAGAUACAAGAGCCAACAGGAAUAUGUGCUAUCAGAGCUGUAAGAUUCCACACCAGGAAAGGUCUAAAUAUUUGUUCAGAUCCAGAUGACAGUUGGGCAAAGAGAGCAAUGGAGUCGGUGGACAGGAGAAUGACAGGUAGAAGGACCAUCUCUGAGGGUCAGGAUCGUCCACCAACCUGCUGUCUUAAAGUGACAAACACCAGAAUACCAGCUGAAAACAUUGUGAGUUAUGACAUACAAGAGUCAACAGGAGUAUGUGCUCCUAGAGCUGUAAGAUUCCACACCAGGAAAAAUAAAAUUAUUUGUUCAGAUCCAGAUAGCGACUGGCCUAAGAAAAUAAUGAAGAUAGUGGAUGGAAGAACGACAGCAAAAACUUCUAUAAAACCUAAGUGCUUUACAAGUACAACAAACAUGAUCCCAACUACAACUACAACAAACAAAACACCAAAAACAGAGACUGAGAUCAGCACGAGUACAACUGAACCACCAAAAGUGACGAUAAUCGAAACAUCUGGACCGAAGACUGAAAUCAGCACGAGUACAACUGAACCACCAAAAGUGACGAUAAUCGAAACAUCUGGACCGGAGACUGAGAUCAGCACGAGUACAACUGAACCACCAAAAGUGACGACAAUCGAAACGACUCUACCGAAGACUGAGACCAGCACAACAACCACCCAACAACUUUCAGUGUCCACAGAAAAGCCAGAAUCUUCUUCCAGUACUGCGAUAACAUGUGGGACAGGUGGACCAGCUGCACCACCAAUUAAAACAACACACGAAACACCUGGAAAAGGCACAGUUAUACAUCAGACCACAUCUUCAAGAACAACCAACACAGAGACAACAUCUACAGCGACCACCACAAGUACUCCAAAGAGGACAAAACCAUCAAAGUUAAAGAUAAAAAUACUAAGCAAGAAAAGCAAGAAACGACUUAGAGAAUAUCAGAUGAAUAAGUCCAAGAAUAAAUCUGGAUAAAACAGGACAAUUUGUAUAUACAUGCACACAUUUUACAGUAAGUUUGUACUCAGGGUUGUGAGUUGAAGCACUACAGAUAUUGUUUAGUCCUAGUCGACUGGUCUUUUAGCUGUACACUGUAAAAAAAGAAUUGUUGGUUUAACUUUAAAAAGUAAGUUGGCUUAAAAUAAGUUAAUACAAUGAAGACGGUUGGUUUAAAUCAACAGAAACUCAAAAUAUUAUGUUAUCUGAACCACAUUAAUUACUGAAGUUGAUUUGACAAAAGAAAAAACGUGAUAACAAAUCAUGAAAAUAAUUUUUUACAGUGAUGUGUCAAUUUUGACCAGUUGUGUUUCUACUGAGUGUGUAAUUUAAAAUAAUUUGCUUUAUUGUUUAUUAAUAAAUUAAUUCAGUAAAUAUAUUUGUAAAUAUAAAUAAAUGUAGACCCAUUACUUUAUUACAAUAACCAAUUAAAAUAAUGUGUAUAUUUUU